AUGGCGGCGGCGGCGGUGGCGGCCCGCGGGCCUUUUCCGCUGCUGUUGCCGCUGCUGCUCCUGAGCGGCCUGGCCCGGCUCGGGGCCGCCUCGACCGACCACCACCCCACGCACGAGGAGUACGUGACCGCGGUGGUCAACGUGUCCUACGUGGAGCCGGCGAGCGGCCUCCUGAAGCCGCUCAUCUCCAGCAGCGAGUGCGGCCGCUACGGCCUGCACUCGCCCAAGCAGCAGGUGAAGGGCGCCGUGUUGGCGCCGGUCGCCGCGCCCGCCGCCGGCGCCGCCUACCGGAGGCAGGGCUGCGACCCGCACACCCGCUUCGCCGUGCCCCCGAACACCAGGCACUGGAUCGCCCUCCUGCACCGGGGCAACUGCACCUUCAAGGAGAAGAUCAUGCGAGCGGCGGCUUUCAACGCCUCGGCCGUGGUCAUUUACAACAACGUGUCCACCGAGGAGACCGUCUCCAUGGGCCACCCAGGAACUGGUGUGAUUGUUGUCAUCAUGAUUUCUGAACCAAAAGGUCGUGAGAUUCUGAGCUACGUGGAAAAAAAUCUGACCGUGUUGAUGUCUAUAACAGUCGGACCAACACCUUAUCCAAAGUACAGCCGUGGCUCUUUAGUCUUCGUGUCCAUAUCAUUCAUUGUACUGAUGAUCAUUUCAUUGGCCUGGUUGAUAUUUUACUUCAUUCAGAAGUUCAGAUAUGCAAACAUCCGUGGAAGGAACCAGCGCCAUCUCGGAGAUGUUGCUAAAAAAGCUAUUGGCAAGCUAACCACACGGACUGUUAGAAAGGGCGAUAAGGAAACUGGUCCUGAUUUUGACCACUGUGCUGUCUGCAUCGAAGGAUACAAAUCCAAUGAUGUGGUCAGGAUUCUGCCAUGCAAGCAUCUCUUCCACAAAUCGUGUGUUGAUCCCUGGCUGAAUGAACACUGCACUUGCCCCAUUUGCAAACUAAACAUCCUGAAGGCCCUGGGAAUCCUGCCUGACGUACGCUGUGCAGAUAAUGCAACGCUUGAUGUCGAGAGAUCCGUCCGAGGCUCACCUGCCAAUCAAAGGUCAAUGCCGGCUGAUGUGACUGGUGAGGGGUCUAUAAGUCUGGAGCCGCUCCGAUUUCUGGGCACCUCACAGCUGGGUCAGGAGGAGGAAUCGUUGCCACGCACCAGGGAGAUGAACGUCACAGUGACCAAAGAAUGGCUUAUUAUCGCAAGUUUUGGUGUGCUUAGUGCUCUCACGCUCUUCUACAUGAUAAUCAAAGCAACCACAGCUACAACAGCAGAUGAGACUCUGUCAUGUUGAAGCACCUCUGCUGCAGCCACAGCAUUUUACGCCAAGAUCUGCCUCUCUGUAUUAGUUCUGCUAAAGCCAAAAUCUAUUUUUUAUAUGUUAUUUUUUCACAUGCCUCCACAUAAAAGCUUUGUAUGAAAUUUCGUACAAUAAAAUAUGGAAUUACA